GGCGCGGCGGCGGGCGGGCGUUGCCAUGGAGGAGCUGAGCGCGGCGCUGGCGGCAGCCGUGGGCCCGGCAGCGCCCAACAGCCCGGCCGCCCCUCACCCCCGCCUGGCCGCAUACAAGCCCCGCGGCGGCCUGGGACAAGCCGAGCGCCGCCAGCGUCUCCUCCGCAUCCAGAGAGAGAGGCGGCUGGACUACGUGAACCAUGCCAGGAGGCUGGCAGAGGACGACUGGACAGGGGUGGAGAGCGAGGGUGAGGAGAAACGGGAAGAUGCAGAGGAAGAGGAGAUGGAGGUGGAUGCUGGCAAGAAGCUGCCCAAGCGCUACGCCAACCAGCUGAUGCUGUCUGAGUGGUUGGUCGAUGUCCCCUCAGAUCUGGAGCAGGAGUGGGUGCUGGUGGUGUGUCCCAUCGGAAAGAGGGCACUGGUGGUGGCAUCCAGGGGCACCACAGCAGCUUACACCAAGAGUGGCUUCUGUGUCAACAGGUUCCCAUCCCUGCUGCCCGGGGGGAACCGCCACAACUCCACCAGUGACAAAGUGUACUCCAUCUUGGACUGCAUCUACAACGAGGUGAAGCAGACCUACUACAUCCUUGAUGUGAUGUGCUGGAGAGGACACCCCGUUUAUGACUGUCAGACAGACUUCAGAUUCUUCUGGCUCUCCUCAAAGAUCCAAGAGGAGGAAGGGCUGGGAGAGAAAAGCAGAAUCAAUCCAUACAAAUUCGUGGGCCUGCAGAACUUCCCCUGCUCCUCGGACAGCCUCUGUAAGGUUCUGGCCACGGACUUCCCCUUUGAGGUCGAUGGACUUCUCUUCUAUCACAAGCAAACCCACUACACCCCUGGCAGCACCCCACUGGUGGGUUGGCUCCGGCCUUACAUGGUACCCGAAAUCCUGGGGCUCUCUGUGCCCACCACCCCCCUCACCGCCAAACCGGACUAUGCUGGGCGUCAGCUCCAGCAGAUCAUUGAGAGCAAAAGGAGUAAAAAGCUGUCAGCAGAAAAGGGGCACCCGGCUGCAAGGAAUGGACAUUACGAGCUGGAACACUUGUCUACCCCUCAGUCAGCAAACUCCCCAGAGGGCCAGGAAGGAGCAGGGAGCCAGAUGGAGGGUUAGGCUGCUGGGACAGGCUGGCUGGGGAAGGAGACAGCAAGAGAUUCCCCACUUCUCACUGUCACUCAUGCUCCCUGAGAGGGGGGCAAAGGUAAUCAUAGGAUGGUUUUGUUUAAAGGGCACAAAAGUACCUUGCUCCUAAGUGCUGGAUGGUUUUUUGUUGUUGUUUUUUUGCCAAAGCUUCUGUGAGGCCUCCCCAGGAUUUGUCUGGUUCUUUGCUGAGGCAGUCGUGCGUUGGGAAACGAAACAAUCUGUGCCCACACUGCAGGGUUCCUGGUGCAGCUCCUAUCCCUGAUUCUGUUAAAGCCUCUGGCAAAGCUCCAGGGUAGGAACAGUGCUCGGACCUCCGAGGUGCAGCUGCUGCUUCUAAACCCCAGCCCCGACGACAGCCCUGGCCCUGGAAAACAGGGCACUUCAGCCUUUGAUCCAGCUGUUUACUGAGGCCUUCUUAAUGACACUUUUGUGGUCAGUCAGCUUCUAGUAACAAAAAAGUUUGCAGCAGGCUGCUGAAAAUCCCAAAGCUGGGCUUUCCACACCCACAUGCAACUGAGAAAAGCUGAAUUUCCUCGCAUCACAGCAAGCCCUGUCUCCCAGCACAGCUUUGUGUGACGUGAGCAUGGCAGGAGCCUGGACUUGAGGCUUUUCUCAGCAGGGGGAGGAAGGAAUGGUUGUGCUCUGGGAAACACUAGCAUUGAUUUGUGCCAAAUAAAAGGUUUCUCAGAAAGACAA